AUGACAUCUUUCGACAACAAAACUGUCAUCAUCACGGGUUGUAGCAGCGGCAUUGGCCUCGCGACGACCCUCCUUUUCCUAUCACAGAAAGCCCAAGUCUUUGGCAUCGAUAUGUCGCAGUUCGACCAAGACCUUGAUGUCACCCAGAAAGCGUCUUUCACCUUCCAUAAAACCGAUCUUUGCAGAUCCGGCACAGCAGAAAAGGCCGUAGCUGCUUGCAUCGCAAAGUACGGACCGAAGAUCGACGUGCUGGCUAACGUUGCAGGCAUCAUGGACGGUUUUGGCAGCGCCGAUACAGUCAAGGACUCGGAAUGGGAGCGCGUCCUGACCAUCAACCUCACAGUACCGGUCAGAAUGAUGGCGGCUGUGUUGCCCAGUAUGAAAGACCAGAAAAGCGGUGCCAUUAUCAAUGUUGGUAGUUAUGCAAGUCUUUCCGGUGCAGUGGCAGGCAUCGCAUACACAGCCAGUAAGCAUGGGCUUGUCGGUGCGACCAAGAACGUCGCGUGGCGCUUUCGCAAAGAUGGUAUCAGGUGUAAUGCCGUACUCCCAGGUGCCGUGCCGACCAACAUCCGCUCGUCGGUGGUGAAAGAGGACGUCGAUCAGGCUGCAAUGGAAACGUACAAGUAA